AUGAGAGCUUUAUAUGUCGUACAAAGUGGCGCGGUAGCAUUAUAUACGGUUCUUGCAGCCAUAACAGUAUCUGCCUCUGGCGUCGACUCCGGCUUUGUUAACCCGGAUGUCGUCUACCGUCCCAAAUUCCGCUAUUGGCUACCUGAUGCAAGUGUCCCUGCCGACGUCGUCCAAGCGGAUAUCGCCCGUAUUGCUGAAGCUGGGGGCGGUGGCAUCGAACUGUUGCCCUUCUACUUGUAUGGCCUUCCGACAGCACAGGGCAUGAACGCUACACCGCCCUCAGACUGGAAUGUAUAUGGGUUCGGCACACCUGCUUUCAAGGAUCUGUUCCAGGCUGCUCUGAAUGGCUCAAAGGAAAGUAAGGUCCAUAUGGACUUUGCGGUAGGCGCAAACCAAGGACAGGGUGUCCCUGCGGUUCCAGGAACACCGGGGCUGGCAGUCCAACUACUGCUGGGAAACACAUCUGUGCACGCUGGUCAACGUUAUUCUUCCACAGUUCCGCCGCCAGCCGAAUUGUCAUCCGUGUUGCAAUCGGGCUUGACAUUUAUGCACCCUCUAGAGGAUUUCGGCACGCCUAACCUGACUGCUGUCAUUGCGUACCAAGUGCUUAAUGGUAACACCAUCGGCGAUUCCAAAAUUGUAGCUCUGGACCCACUCUCGUUUGUUGAUCUGUCUGCCAAAGUGAAGGAUGGUCUAAUAGACUGGACAGCACCGUUGGGCAAUUCAACUUGGCGUGUCUUCAGCUUCUGGGUCAAGCAUACCAACCAGCGCAGCUGCACAGGCGGCCGCGAUGCGACCACUGUUAUUGGUAAUGGUUCUUGGAUUGUUGACCAUUUUGAUGCCAUGGGAGCGCGAUUGAUCACCGAUUUUUGGGAUCAGCACAUUUUGAGUGACGAACAAACCUUGGCUUUUCUGCAAGAAGUGGGACAGUAUGCGUGGGAGGACAGUAUGGAGAUGCUCUCAUCGUUAUACUGGACACCGAGUCUAUUGGCCAGGUUUGAGCAGGACCGUGGGUACAGCGCUCUUCCAUGUCUUCCAGCUCUUUUCAAGCCGCAGAAUAACUGGAAUGCGAUUGCGCCGUCGUACAAUGAGAUGUACACACUUGGAAAUCAGAAGGACAGUGCGUGUAAUGCGGAUUAUCGUCGGACACUGAAUGCCGGAUAUCAGGAAUAUAUUGCCCAUUUCAGUCAGUGGACGAACAGAAUUGGGAUCCAGUAUUCGAAUCAGCCAGCGUAUAACCUGCCACUUGAAAUGUUGGGUGAUGUCCCCCUCUCCGAUGCGCCGGAAUGUGAGUCGCUGGGCUUUAGUGAUAAUGUUGAUGCAUAUCGCCAAUUCAGUGGGCCCGCCCAUAUCAGUAAUCGCAACGUCAUCUCAAAUGAAAUGGGGGCAGUGAACAAGCCGGCCUAUAUGCUCACAAUACCAGAGCUUCUAUAUUCCAUCAAACGAGCCUGGUCCGGGGGUAUCAACAUGGUCAUCCUGCACGGGUACACCUAUUCUGGCAAUUAUCCCAAUACGACAUGGCCUGGAUAUACGACCUUCGGCUUUUGGUUCACCGAGAUGUGGAAUCAAAUCCAGCCUGCUUGGAUUCAUAUGAAGGACUACCUGGAUUAUAUCUCGCGGAAUCAAUUUGUUUUGCAGCAGGGCCGUCCACAGAUCGAUUUGGCGCUGUAUCUGUACGAGACCCCGUGGAGUGCCGUGGACCUGCUUCAUUCGAGCAAUAUAACUGCUGCUGGCUAUACUCACGAUUACGUUGCGCCCGAUAACCUCGUUCCACCGCAGGUUACUGUUCGAGCAAAAGUCCUUGCUCCAGAUGGACCAAGCUAUAAGGCCCUGGUUUUUGCCUCGCCCAAAUAUAACAUAUCUACUUUCAAUCUCGUUCGGGAAGAUGUGGCGGCACGAGUGGUAGAGUUUGCUCAAAAGGGACUGCCCGUGGUAUUUGUUGGUGGCCUGCCGCAGGUGACAUCAAAUACUCAGGCUGGUCAAAUUAUGGAGGACGGGUGGCGUAAGAUACGAAACUUGCCAUCCGUCCAGUUUAUCUCCUCGCUUGCAGAUCUCUCUGGUGCCCUGAGAAAGGCAGGAGUCACGCCAAAUGUUUUGCCAAGCUGUACUACUGGUACACUGCGCGUGGUGAAGCGGUCCAGACCCGACGAUGAGGUAGAUUAUGUCUUUCUGUAUAACGAUCAGACUGUCUCCACCUCAUGCCAAAUCAGCAUCCAAGAACGUGGAGCGAGAACACCGCACCUUCUCAAUGCUUGGACUGGGGAGAAAAAGAUGAUCAGCUCAUUUGAGAGAAGGUCCGCAGUGAUCACGGUAUCUCUACAGUUCGCGCCAAAUGAGACGAGCAUUCUAAGUCUCGAGAAGGGCAGCAGUAGUGAUCCUACAAGCUUGACCAUGCUUGCAAGCAGCAGUACAUCAAGGCGAUACAGCAUAGCUAACCUGACACGCUGGGACCUGUCGAUCGAAGACUUUCACGCUCCACGCCGCCGUUCUCAAGUCCAAACAGCCAUCACAUCGCACAACUUCUCCAACAUCGCCCUCAGACCAUGGAGCGCUAUCUCUCCUGCAUUGGCUAAGGUGGGAGGCAUCGGUCGAUACUCAACGAGCUUCACUGUACCGAAUGUCCCUCACAUACAGGGCAAGCUAUCGCUAGGUCCGAUCAUUCACACUGCUCGCGUUUAUAUCGGAGGACGGAGACUUCCUCCAAUUGACCCAGUCAACCCAGUCAUUGACAUAUCCUCGUACAUCAGUCCCAGUCAGACAUAUAAGAUUAUAGUGGAAGUGACAACUCCAUUAUUCAAUCGGAUCAAGACGGAUGCAAACCAAACUAUGAUCGCUGGGUCGACAGCGCGAGAGCAACAGCCGCUGUAUGCUAGUACGCCGUAUCAGGAGUACGGUUUGAUGGCCCGGUGGUGGUGA